AUGACCCUAGGCGGCUGCUGCUGCGAGAUCAUGUCCUCCGAGAGCUCUCCGGCAGUGCUGUCCGAGGCCGAGGGGGACAUCGACGUGGUGGGCGGCGGGGGCGGAGGAGGAGGCGACCCGCUGCUCAGCGCUGCCGUCACCCCCCGGGACGCGUGCAAGUACGGGCCGGAGGAGGAGGAAGGGGAUGAGGAGGAGGAAGAGGAGGAAGGGGAGUCCUCGGACGGCGAGCCUCGGCUCCUCCCGCCGCCCACCCCUCGGGGGGCCGGGCCCAAGGGGGGAGCAGAGCCCAGCCCGGGAGGGGAGCCCCCGGUGGCCCCCAGGGGCGCUGCGGCCGGCGGGGACAAGGCGCCGUCGGGGGCUGGCAAGAACCCGCUGGUGAAGCCGCCCUACUCUUACAUCGCGCUCAUCACCAUGGCCAUACUUCAGAGCCCCAAGAAACGGCUGACGCUGAGCGAGAUCUGCGAGUUCAUCAGCGGCCGCUUCCCCUACUACCGGGAGAAGUUCCCCGCGUGGCAGAACAGCAUCCGCCACAACCUCUCGCUCAACGACUGCUUCGUCAAGAUCCCCCGGGAGCCUGGCAACCCGGGCAAGGGCAACUACUGGACGCUGGACCCCGAGUCCGCCGACAUGUUUGACAACGGCAGCUUUCUACGGCGGAGAAAGCGCUUCAAGCGGCAGCCGCUGCCGCCCACGCACACCCACGCGCACCACCCGCACGCCCACCCGCACCCGGAGCUGCUGCUGCGUGGAGGGGACCCUGGCGCCUUCCUCCCAGGCUUCGCAGCCUACGGCGCCUAUGGUUACAGCUACGGGCUGCCAUUGCCCGGCUACCACGCACACCACCCUGGCCCUCCACAGCCCUCGCACCCACACCCAACCCCGCACCCUGGCCACCCUGCCGCCUUCUCUUUCGCCGCCGCCGCCCCGUGUCCGCUGGCCGCGCCCCCACCUGCGCCUCCCCCGCCGCCACCGCCGCCCGUGCAGUCUCAGGCGGCCGCUGCAGCGGCCCCGGCUCCAGGCCCCCCGACGGCGGCCGCAUCGCUCUUCGCUGCGACUCCGGCCGGCCUGCCAUCCUUCCUAGGGGCCGAGUUGGGCUGCCGGAAGGCCUUCUAUCCCGCCCAGCUGAGCCCACCGGCUGCGGGCACGGCGGCCAGUCUGCCUGCGGCCGCGGCGGCCGCGGCUUUGUUACACAGCCUGAAGGCGGACAGUGGGGGUGGCGGCGGGGGCUCGGGAUCUGGGACCGGGACCGGGCCUGGGGGGCGGCCCUCAUUCUCCAUAGACCAUAUCAUCGGGGGCGCGGCGCCCCAGGCCGUCCCGGGCCCCGGAUCGGGCGGCGGGGGCGGCGGAGGCAGCGGAGGAGGGGCGGGCGCCGGGAGAGGGUCGCCUUCGUCUCCCUAUGCUACUGCUCCGAGUGGGGGCCAAGCCCAGGUGCUGGCAGUGCUGCCGGCGCCCGCGCUGACGCCGGUGCCGGCCCACAUCCGCCUCUCGCACCCCGGGGACGCGCUGCUGCAGUCGGGCCCUAACUUCACCAGCAAGAUCCCUAGCCUGAGUGGCUGCCACUUCUGAACCGACGCUCGAAGGACUCCGCGCCGGGAGAAACUUAGGGGACCGAACUUUCCAAAGACACUAGGGGCUCUUCGAGUCCCCUUCUCCCCUGGCCCGUUUCCUUAUUCAUCUGGCCUUCCUCCACGGGGGCCCAAGGCGGGGAAAACUUGCUGUGGGGAGUGAGAGCUUUUCCAAAGCUGCGUGCUGCCGAUGCCCCUGUCACCCUCCUCCGCCUGUUCGUCCCCGCGGGUUGGCUGAGUAUUUAUGAGCGUCCGCGUGAGUCUAUGGCCCGAGGAGGACAAGGGCUGAGGACGGCGUCGGCCUGAGACGAAAGCCCUUCCACUUGUGUCUCCUUAGAACGAAGCGGGGUCCGGGAGCUGGGCCCCGGACCCGGGGCCGCAGCCGCCUAUGCGGCCCUUUCUGCGACCACCGAGCUGGG